AUGGGUAGACGUGCAAAGAAUAAGCAAGGAGAGCCAUUAUCCAUAGAGGAGUUUCAGGCCAGGAAGCAGAAGAAGGGCGAGAAGAGGACCUUCAAGAAAGAAACCACUUCUAAGGACACAUCUAACAAGAAGAGACACAUUUCUGAGAGACCUGUGUCCAACAAAAGCAAAAAAACCAAGAAACAGGCCGUUGCUGAUGUUGAGUCCGAUGCUAGUGACUUGCCAGAAGUUGACUACGAGGAACUGGCCAAUGCCAAGAAGUCUCUGUUUGAGGACUCUGAAGAAGAGGAGGAAGAGGAACUCCAAGGAUUGGACGAUUUGGAGUCUGGUGAAGAUGAAAUUGACGUUGAUGACGAGUUUUACGACUCUGAUGAAGGUGAUCGCGAAAGGCCCAUGUUCUCCGAUGACGAGGAGGACAUGGAAGAGUUGAACGCAGCCAACAUGGAGGCCCUUUCCAGAAAGCUGGACGAGGAAGCUGAGCUGGAGGAGUACGAAGCCGAGCAGGAGUUGUUGGAAGGUAACAAGAUUCAGCCAAGAGCCAAGGUACUUCCUACUGCCGACGAAGAGGAGGAAAUUGCCAAGGGACCUCAGGAUCUCACCAUGGUGCGUACCAGAAUGCUUGAGGUGGUCAAGGUCCUUGAAGACUUCAAGACUCUGUCAGAAGAAGGAACCAACAGAUCGCAAUAUAUUGACAGAUUCGUCAAGGAUCUGUGUGAGUAUUUCGGAUAUUCCCAGUUCCUAGCCGAGAAGCUGUUCAACCUAUUUUCUCCCUCCGAAGCCAUGGAGUUCUUCGAGGCCAACGAAAUCCACCGUCCAAUCACGAUCAGAACCAACACGCUCAAGAGUCGUCGCAGAGACCUUGCACAGUCGCUGGUCAACAAAGGUGUGAAUUUGCAGCCAAUUGGACCCUGGACCAAGGUUGGUCUCCAGGUGUUUGAUUCGCAGGUGCCAAUUGGUGCUACUCCAGAGUAUCUUGCCGGUCACUACAUUCUCCAGGCUGCUUCUUCGUUUUUGCCAGUUAUGGCCCUGGACCCCCAGGAAAACGAGAGAAUCUUGGAUAUGGCUGCUGCACCAGGUGGUAAGACCACUUACAUCUCUGCACUGAUGAAGAACACAGGCUGUGUCUUUGCCAAUGAUGCCAAUAAAGCCAGAACUAAGAGUUUGAUUGCCAAUAUACAUAGACUUGGUUGUCGUAACACCAUUGUGUGCAACUACGAUGCUCGUGAGUUCCCAAAGGUGAUUGGAGGAUUCGACAGAAUCUUGCUGGAUGCCCCAUGUUCAGGUACUGGUGUUAUUGGAAAGGAUGAAAGUGUGAAAGUUUCUAGAACUGAGAAGGACUUUAUACAGAUUCCUCAUCUACAGAAACAGCUGCUGUUAUCGGCAAUUGACUCUGUUGAUGCCAACUCCCCCACAGGUGGUGUUAUAGUCUACUCAACUUGUUCUGUUGCCGUCGACGAGAACGAAGCUGUUGUUGACUAUGCUUUAAGGAAGAGACCCAACGUGAAAUUAGUGGAGACUGGUCUUGCCAUUGGUAAGGAGGGUUUCACUUCUUAUCGUGGAAAGCACUUUAGCUCCAAGCUGAGCAUGACCAGAAGGUACUACCCUCACACGUAUAACGUUGAUGGCUUCUAUGUUGCCAAAUUCAAGAAGAUUGCUCCAAGUCCAAAUGACGUUUCCAAGGCCGGAGCUUCCGAAAAGGAGGCUCUGGCAAGAGCCGAGGCUGAGGAAGAAGGUAUCAUCCACGAUGAUUUCUCCAAGUUUGAGGAAGAUGAGGAUAAGGAAAUUAUCACCAAGUCCAUCAAGCACAGUCUUAAGAGAAAGGGUAUCAACCCAGCAACUGUCCUUAAUAAAUAA